AUGCCUUGCAUAAAUACGGUGAGCAAGAAAUUAAUUCCAUCAAUUACGGACAAUCUUAAAUCAAUUUUAAUGCUAGAAUUGAAGGGAUGUCGUUUCAUUACAAUUACUUGUGAUAGUUGGUCAUCAUUAGGUAAAAACAGCUACCUCGGUGUGACUUGUCAUUUUAUUGACAAAAAUAUGACUCUAGUUGACCGAAACCUGGAUCUUAAGUUUAUGUCUGAAAUGAAAACAGCUGAAUAUUUAUUUAAUACGUUAAACGAAAUCUUCAGUGAAUGGUCAAUCAAUAAUAAGAUUUUUGCACUAGUUACUCACUCAGGUGCAAAUAUUUUCUCUGCAGUAAAUAAAUUUGAUGAUAAUGUUCUUAAGAUUCCGUGUGCUGGUCAUCGUUUGAAUCUCGUGCGUUACCAAGUAAAAGAUUACGACGGUAAUGGAAAACUAAUUAAUAGAGAAAUUACAGAAAGUGAAGUUAAAGAAAUUGAAAAAAUUAACGAAGGCAAAAUAGAAAUCGUCAAGGUAAUUUCAUCCUGCAGGCACAUUGUUGGUUCAUUUAAGCAUUCAAAGAUGUUACAAAAAAAGUUAAAAGAAGUUCAAGAAACACUUCGUUAUGAAACUAAAAUAAAGUUAGUACAGGAUAUAGCUAUUCGCUGGAAUAGCCAAUUCGAUAUGAUUGAAUCUAUAUUAACAAAUAAAACUGCAUUGGAUAUGAUAAGCAUCGAAUUUCAAAAUAUAAAAGACUAUCUUCCCACUGCUACUGAAUUUAAGGUGCUGGAGGAUUUGUGUGAUUUGUUACACCCAAUUAAAGAGCUAACAAAACUUUUUAGUGGAAAGAAAUAUGUUACAGUAACAUUCCUGUUUCCAACACUGUAUUCUCUACUAAAUGAAAUACUUGAAUCGCAACCUAUUUUUACAGAACUAGUUAAGACUUUUCAAAAGGAAUUAUUAAGGUCUCUAAAAGGACGUUUUAAAUACAUUUUUGCUAAUGAUUUUUUUUUAGCAGCUACUUUUCUUGAUUUCAAAUUUCGUAAAUUCGAGUUUAUCAAAAAUGAUAUCUAUAGAUAUGAAUGCAUUUCAAAGGCAAAAAUGUUUAUAAAAACAUUUUAUGAAAUGCAUCUAAAAGAAACCGAAGAAAUCGAUAUAACAAUUGAAACAAAUUGUUUAAAUAACACUUUGAACUCGUCAAACAGCUCAGCUGACAAUACCAUAAAAACAUUUCAGCAAUUGUCAACGUCACCUAUUGCAAAUAAUAUUACUUUAGUUAACAAAAGACGAAAGUCAAUCAACUUAAUUGAACUAGUAACAGAUAAAUCUUGUUGUAAUUUAAUUGAGAGCAAUGAUAAACUUGAAAAAGAAAUAAAUGAUUACAGUCUGCAAUACUUUCAUAGCUACGAAAAUAGUGCCAUUGAAUUUUUCCAAGCUAAUCAAAAAUUGUUCCCGGUUUUGACACAAAUUGCACGGACUACUUUAGAGCAAUUUAUGAAAUGUAAGAAAGAAUUUCAAGUCUUAGCCAUUAAAUAUCCAAAUCGAUCAGAUAAGCAAUCACUGACUGCUAAAACUCGAGCUCGAAAACUUUAUGACAAAAUGCUUAUAAAAUUUAAUGGCUGCAAAAUUAUGGAUGACGAAAAGAACAUUAAAUGUGACUUCAAACAGCUCUCAGGUCCAAAUUUUUACACUUCAAUUGUUUGUGGACGUGCAGACAUGUCAGCAACAAGAUUUUAUAAAUUUGUUGAUGCACAUGGUUCUAAUAAUAACCCUGUUGAUGGUGAUGUUGGUGAUGAUUUUGAUGGUGAUGAUGUUGAUGGUGAUGAUGUUGAUGGAAGCUCUAGAUUAUGA